CUUCAGCAUAUUUUGUUUUCCUAAUUGGACACCGGCAAUGUCUGAAAGCAUUGUGAGGAAGGUCCAGCCCUUCACCAUUGGGACAAGGUUGUCAGUCCCGGCUGUGCCAAAAUGCCAGGAGUUUACACAGAAUUAUCUGCAGAGCCAGAGUUUGGAUAACUGCACUCUACAGCACAACCUGAACUCGCUCUACCUCAGUCGAUCCCAGGUCUGUGCACAUGGCCCCUGCCUCGUCUCACCCAUCGUCAAACAGGUAGUGGAACACAAACAGCAGGACAUGGCAGCCGAGGACCACCUGAACCAGAACGUUGCCUCUCCCUCUGCGGUGUCCAGAUCCAUCAAGAAGAUCACAAUCUCUGGGAGUAAAGACAGACCAGAGAACAAGGUGUCAGUGGGACCAGCACAGCUUUCAAUCACAGGGUCCACAUCUGAAAACAACAAUAACAACAAUAACGUCACCAGCACAUCAGAUCCACAUCUACCCAGGAUUGUAGGUGUGAGCUGUGAGGACAAGCCCAGUUCUCACUUCAAGGUUUUACUCAGAAAAGACAGCAGUGAUGAAUUUCAGCCCACGCAGGAACAAACGAGGGUGAGACUGAACGGAGACAGAUCCGUCCAACAGAUUGCAAUGCCUGAAUCACAGAAGAAAGAGCCUCAGAGGAAAGAAAGUCAUCUACACACUCAGAAUGAAGCGUCUGCAGCUGUUUCGUCCCAGAGUGACUCCUUCACUCAGCGCAACUCGCUCUUCAACAAGGAAGUGCUUCAGGCAGAGGCGUGGAUUAAAGGCAAGCUGCAAGACUUAAAGGAUGGAUGUAAUAUUCAGCGCUGCCCCCUGCAGGACUGGGAGGAAGCCUCACAGACGCUUCAAAGAGACCUCAAAGACUUUGAGAACACCCUAAUUCAACUAAACCAGAUGGGUGAGCAGCUGAUCUGCAAGUUGAACCCCACCUCUGAUCUUGUGAAGAAGCAGCUCAGCCAGCUCAGGGACCAGUGGCAGACCCUGAAGCAGAUGGCUGCAAAUCAGACAAGGGCCCUGGGAGGGGCCAAGAACCUGCAGGAGUUCAACAAGAAAGUGGACAAGCUGGAGGCAUGGAUUAAGGAGAAGCAGGAAGAGGAGCAGUCUCUGGUGAAUGUCCUGGGGGAAAGUGUUGACAAAAUGCAGCUGACCAGGAGAAUUUUAGAUCUGAAACAGGAUGAGCAGCUCUACAGAAACCUCCACGAGGAGAUCAACCACUUGGCCCUGAAACUGGAGAAACAAGGGAAGACAGAUGGCAAAAACAUCUCCAGCCGGAGGAAACACAUCAAUAAAAUGUGGCUAAAGGUCCAGUCUCAUCUGAAAAACUACCAUGAAAAUCUUCAGCUGGCACUGGAGGUGUCCUCGUUCUACCAACAGGCUGAUAAUACGUUGUUUGCUAUCAAUAACAUGAGGAAAAGCAUAUCUGCAACCAAAGAGCUGGACAGCUUCGGAGAUAGAGAAAUACGUGACAUCGCCAGCCAAAUCAUGAUGUUAGAUGUGAGCGUGUCCCAGCUGUCAAAUCUCCAUCCCGCCCUGGCUGCCGGCGUCACACAGAAGCAGAGUGAGGUGAAGGACUGCUGGGCGCUUCUUCAGAAGGUUUUCAGGAGUGACAGGACCACACUCUCUCCCACUGGCUCCACUUUCACCAGGGAAGAUGCUGACCCCCUGACAUUAGCCCGAGAACCCCAGUGCAAUGUGGGAACAGAGACACAAAGGAUCAUGGGAAAGGAGGUGAAGGAGGAGCAGAAUCGACUGAAAGGCUGCGUGAGUACAGUUGAAUGUGGGAUUGGUAGGAGAACACAGAGCCACCAAAGCCAGGAGCAGCAAUCAGUGAACCACACCUCUUCGCCCAUGGGAGACGGCCCUGUUUGCGCAAAUGAUGUCAUCGUCAGAUAUCAGUUGAAGGGGGAAAGCAGGAAGCCCAGAGCAGAGCCCAAGCUUGCCACCGCCCCGCGAGGCCACCCACAGCUCCACACACAGCUCCAGAAGUUCACCGUGUCUGCUGACAAGACUUUGUCCUGGCUGAAGGACAAUGUGUCCAUGGCCACACAGGUGUGUUCAGUAGUCAGCUUUGAGGGGCUGGAGGCAGCCAGGAGGUGUCAACACGCUCUGGAACAAGAAAUCCUCACCAACAGGGCCAGGAUAGAGGUGGUCAAAAGAGAGGGCCGCGGGCUGGUCCGUGCACAGCACCCGGGCAGUGCCAAGAUCGAGGAGUUCCUUGGCCAGCUGGAGGUCCUUUGGGAAGAGCUGCGGAGGAGGCACCAGAGGAACGCCGUGUUUCUGCAGGCCUCAGAGGAGCUGGGUUUUAGGGUUGUAAAAGUUCUCCAGGCCCUGGGUAGCCUCGAGGCCUGGCUGGAGUCCGUGGAGCUUUCCAUGAAGGAAUCUGCUCUAGCCGGUGACCCUGAAACAAUGAGCAUGGCUGAGAGGGAGAGCUGUCUGCUGGAGAAAGAGGUAGCAGAACGCAGCCUGGAGCUCAGCGCCCUGAGGCAGGAGGUGGACCGCCUCCACGGCCACAGUCACCCGCACACACGAGGCCUGCCAGCGCGCAUGGAGGAGGUGGAAAGAAAGUACCAUUGUGUACAAAGUGCCCUGACCCAGCAAAACUCAGAGCUGCAGGACACACGUAUGCUGACUGAGUUCCUGGAGCGUGUGGAGCUGGAGGAGAGCCAGGAGCUCAGUGGCAGUCAGUACAGCCUGGGCCAGCCUCUUCACAGUGAGAUUUCCUCAGCACCUACAUUGCUGGGACUCCAAAGCAGUGGCGGUGGUGACCCCCUGAUAGAAAGCAUGGGGGACCCAGUGGAGGAGCUACGAGAGGCUGUAGAGAUGCUGAAUGACACUGUUCGGGAAAGAGGCCGUUCGCAGAGCCACGACCAGGCCAUCCAUGAGCUGCUGAGCAAGCAUGCCAGCCUGGCUGUGCGUGUGGAGGAGUGCUUGUGCUGCAGCAAGGAGCUGAGCCUGGACAUCCUGGAGAAAGAGACAGACAUGGCCAUCCAAUGCGAGCCAGACCGCUGUGGCCUAGAGGCUCUGCAGGAGAAGCAGGACCACCUGGAGAUUGACUAUGAAGUCAUCAGGGAGGAGGUUAAGGAGAUGGAGAACCAGGCUUCUCGGCUGGAGGAGCUGUGCCCAGAAAGAGUGCACGUACUCGGGGCAAAGAUCCAGGCCACGCUGCAGGGCUGGGCCGAGCUGGGGAAGAGUGUGACAGAGAACAAAUCACGUCUGCAGGAGUUUAUGCAGCUCCAGGACUUCUUCAGGAGCUACCUCGCGAUGAUCUCAUGGACAGAAGACACCAGGUCGUGUAUUUUCUCCGCUACCGCCUUGCAUCUUGGGAAAGAUGGCCAGAAGCCACUGGCUGCAGAGCUGGACAUGCAGAUUGAGCAAAAGUUUGAGGAGUUUGAUGAGCUGGUGGCCACGGGGAGGAACCUUUUAGACAAAGAACACCACCUCACGCAGAUGGUAAGAGAGCGCAUGGAGGAACUGAGGAGUAUGCUCGGGUGGAUCUUGGUGCACUGGAGAGCUCAGAAACAGCAGUGGCUUCACAAGAAGAGCAGACAGGAGCUGGCACAAGAUAACAUUUAUUCAGAAGCUACAAUGUGCUCUCCGUUAACAGAGAGUUCAGCUCCUGAGCUAGAGGCCUAUCAGUCCCAUCAGUCACCAGUCGUCACCUCAGAUGAAGACAAAUUAAAGGCAGCAGGAGGCAGCCGACCUUCAUCCCUGCCGCUCGGACAGGCUGAGCAGCAGGAGGAGAAGCAAUUUGAGGAUAGUUAUGAGGUCAUGAACAGCAUCGGACCACGGGGCGGCGAGGCCACCUCCUCAGAGUCUCCCAAACCCUCUAUUGUGGUCCUCAAAGAGCCCAGCAGCCCCGCUUUAGGGGGCACGGUCAACCUCAUUCUUAGCUUUGGUAACACAGGGGACAGCCAGGUUGAGGUGCUUGACCCACCUGCUAGGACGGACGAGGUAGUGGACGAGACCUCUGAGCCUGUCCACAGGCCCACUGUGCCUCAAUCCUCUGCCUGUAAAAACUUUUGGAGGCGCUGCCAGGGGCUUUUGGAAAAUACUUUGGGUAGUUUAAAGCGAAAGAGAAAGAUUUAUCGGCAGAGUGCAAACGAGGUAAGUACCUAUUUGCAUGUCAAGGAUAACAACUUGGCUGUGGCCCCUGUGUAUGAGAGUAUCACCCUGCCCCGCCAAAAGAGCCGCUCUGCAGCCUCAGCCUCCCCUACCUUCUUGCCAUCCUCCUCCACCUCACCAUCAUCCUCAGCAUCUGCAUCUCAGAUGGCUAAUGUUACCUUCCACCCUCUAACGGGGAGUGGCGGCAGCUCCAUCUUCAGCAGCCUUAAGAGAAUGGGAAAGAAGAGAAAGAGGAAGAGAGAUGCUCGCAGACACACUAUCCAGAAAAUCAUGGGGGUGGAGGAGCAAACAGAAGGAACGCCUCAGUACGCCUGCGAGACGAUCACAUACGACACACAUACAUGGCCGCUGAAGGAAGGCAGAAGGAAGAAGAGCUCACCAAAGAGCGGGGAUGGAGUAGAAGCUAUGGCCUAUAUGAAGAAUCCUCUGCUGAAGGACAUAGAUACAGAAUGCUCAGGGGAAUACAGCACCAUUCCAUAUGCCGUAUCAGAGGGGCCAACCACUUUGCCUGCUGCAAAUCACGUGAGAAGCCACUGCAGGUUUCUCUCUUUGGGCUCUGUACUGAGCUUCGACCUACCUAAGGACAUGACUCUCAUCCCCAGCAUUCAGGACAUCAUUACCAUCGCCCCUCCAGAGUCCAAAAAAGGAGCUGGGACAGAUCCGGACCCCCUCUCCCAGAGACACACAGCCCUGAGCUCUUUCAAACAGACUCGACCCGCUCCUCCCGCCACAUGCAGUUCAGCAGAUAUCAGCUUUUCUGAAACGCAAACUUCGGUGGUUGUUGUGAAAGAUGUGCCUGAUGUGGACAAGAGCUUCCAACCACCUCAUAUUUCCCCAGAAUUAGAUGAGGAUCAGACUGUACCAUGUAACGACCUAUCUAAAACCCAGUUUGGUCUGCAUGAGGAUGCAGAUCAGGAGUGGGACAAAAUGUCAUCAGAGGAUAAAACCGGUACAGCUGAAAGGGUUGGGACCAGCCAGAGUUCCCAGCUCCCUAUUUAUGUGAACCAAGCCCAAAGUACAGCUGAUCAUAAACACGGCUGCCCCAGUGUCCAUACUCUUAUUCGAGACUUAAAUGGACACCAGUACCAUAGAAGUGCAAGACCCCAGAGUGUGCAUGAAGAGAGUCCUGCGACUCAGUGUCUGAACCAAGCCUCUCACAUGGUGGUGAACCUGAAGUCAACAGUGAGUGUGAGUGUUCGCCAGGACUCAGUAGACUCUGGAAUCUCCACCUCCAGCAGUAUCAAGCUUUGCACCGAUGCUCCAUGUCCAGAUAACCCACAGCCCAAGGGAGUGGUGGGGAGGCUCAUGUCUCUUGAGGUGGGAGGUAUAGACUGUACUAAAACGAGGGAGAACGCUGUAACAUCAUCGGGUCCAUCGACAGACUCAGCAGAGUUAGAAACAGAGCCUGUCCACCUCGACCACCAGCAGUUUGAGGAAGAAGAAGAGGAACUGGAGGACAUCUGGAACCAGACUACCAACUACAGACAGAGCAUCUGCUCAGACAUCAUGUACCAGCCCAACCAGGAAGAGUCUGAGCCCUCAGACCAAUCCAGAGAGCCCCGUUCCCGCUCACCUUCCCCCAAGACCCCGGCUGUGCUCUACAGAAACCUGGCCACAGCCUCAGCACCCAACCUCCUUGUGGCCGAGUUUAGACUGCCCCCCUAUGUUCAGAGCUUGCUGGGUUACGACAAGGAGCAGAGUCCCAAAGGUCCCCAACCUCCACUGGCCAUAGGAGACAGGAGGUCCUGGGCGGCCUUUCCUAACAGAGAACCAGCCAGCAAGGCCUCAGUGACAGUGAACGAGACAGCGUCUGAUCCAAUGAAGCUGCCAGAUGUAGGGGACAAUCAGAGAUAUAUUUAUCAAUACAGGGAGGACGAGGAGGAAGAGGGUGUGGAGGAGGCAAAAAUGGGGGAGGAGGUGGAUGAGCACACAGGUUGUGUGAAGGACCAGUCAAUGAGUCUACUGUCAGUUCACAUGGGUUUGGAUGGCGUCUGUCAGCAAAGAAAAGCCUCUCAAAGCCUGGACAACAUGGAGACGCAGGAAGGAUCAGUGGCCACAGGAGGGCACUGUAUCACCCUGAGCGAAAAGCCUGAGCUGCAGUCUAUGGAGGGAACGCUUGAGAGGAAGCACAAGCUGCAGCUAGGAGGAAAGAAGGCAGCCUCCCGAGGCUGGAACUCCUACCAUGCUGUCCUAUAUCGACACACCUUGUGCUUCUACCAGGAUAGAAAGGAUACACUGAGGAGCUCUGCAUGUGGCCUGCCGCUGAACCUAAUGGGAGCUGAGUGUUCACCUGCACCAGAGUACACCAAGAAACCCAACUGCUUUCGUCUACAGCUCCGUGAUGGGUCUGAAUAUCUGCUGAAUGCCUCCUCACGCUUUAUGAUGAAGAAAUGGAUGAUGAAAAUACAGGCAAACACAGGUCAGAGUGAGUCAUUAUCAAGUGUCCCAGUUGAUCAGGACUUCCCGAUUUCCAUAAAGCCCUCCCUCUGCCCUGGUUGUCAUGGUCUUGCCAAAUGCCACUGCUCCUCCCGACAUGAUGUCACCUCUACGUUCCCCAGGCGCAAACCGCCGGGCGCCACCCAAACCAAAGGGAUUGUUGUUCUCACCAGAGAGUUCACUCACAUGCCACAGAGUCAUUUAAGGAGUGUGGAUGAGCAGUCGACCGUCUCAUCCUCAGAUGGAGGCGGCUGCGAUGAUGAUGAAGGCAGUUUAAAGCAGACAAUGACUCACAGACUGUCUGGAGCAUCCAGCAUCAAUACCUCCUCCUACCCUCACUCUCCUUUAUCCAGCGGCCACGACUGGCUCAGCAACAAGCGUCGCUCCCACUCCUUCACAUCAGCAACCUUUCAGAAGAUCAAACCCAUGUUGCACACCCCUGGAGGCGGAGGCCUGGAAAGAGGCUCCAACUACUGUGUGACUCUCGUAGUUGGAGACAAGUCGUCUGACAGUCGAUCCGUAAGCAGAAGCUCGGAUCCCCCGCUGCUGGCCUUAGCUGGAUGGCAGCAGGACACAUAUCAGGACUCUGCUCUGAGGAGCUACGCCAGCCUGCCACGGCCACGCAACAAGUCCGUCUUCAAAAAGUUCUUCGGAAAAAGGGACCUCUGAGGGUUUUUUAAACGAUUUUACCAAUAAAGGGGUUUUUCAAAUAUUUUCUAAUGUGCAGUGCACAUAUUUUUUGAAAAGCAAAAAAAACCCCGCUACUACUGACUAUAUUUAUGAUCGGAAGAGCUACCAUGGUUUUAUUUUUGAUGUGUCUUAUAUAAAUCACUUCAUGGGCUGAAAAGUCUUUAUAAUGAGUCCAUUUUCUGAGUGUUUUUUUUGUUCUUUUUCCUGUCAAGUGAAAGGAACAAUACUGCGUGGGUGUGCACUGUGUAGUUGUAGAUUUGAUACAUUGAAAAACACAUUUUCUCACCAGUCUUACCAGUAUUUUUUAUUUCCUUUUGUCUUUUUUUGGAUUGUUGUGAUAUUGGUUUCACGGUUGCUAUAAAGUAAACCCACCUGCUCAAUGGAGAAACCAACUGUAGAAAAUGAUAACAGUGAUGACUCAGCUAUGACCAAGUAUUAACAAUAUAUUGAACUCGUGACACUUACUGUACCAGAUCAUUACAGCUCCCCUCCUUCACAUGUUCAGUGUGUGGUGCACCAAAACAUUUUCUUAUACUAAAAUCAGCAGUUUGAUACUGCUCGAGCUUGUCUGGUAUUAACACUUUUUGAAUACUAAUUGUAGCAAAGACUAUUCAUAAUAAAACAUUAAAAACCAA